CUCUUAGAGUAGGCUAACAUUGUACGUUAUCAGUUUUAGUAUUUGGCUUUUGUAUUUCAGGUUUCGAGUUCUUUGCUUUGUCAUCUGUUUGAGUGGUUUCCUUUAAAAGACUAUGUGUCCUUGAAUUUUGAUUUGUUUUUCAGUUGGUUGUCUUGGUUUAUUGUUUCUGUUAACUGUCUCACUGAAAAUGAAUCUCUCUUUAUUGAGAAGAUUUUAUAAAUUAGCAUAUUUGAAUUGUAUAUAAUACCACAGAUUUGUAGAGUGGGAUUUCUCCAUUAUCUUUUCAUCGUUUUAGCUCUGUUUGGAUAUUUGGCAAAAUCAGUUUCGAGUCUUAGAAUUCAGUUACAUAAAUUAAAGCCUUUGCAUUUGAGAUUUCUCACAAAAUGUGUUUAUUUUCGCCCAUCUUGGAUUACAGCUUGAAAUGAGGUUUAGUUAUGAUUUUGAGGCUGAAAGUUGCAUCAAGCAGGACAUCGAAGAUCAUGUAUAUCGUGUUCGCGGUGGAGGAGAAUUUUUAAAAAUUUGUCACAUUCAGAGGUUUGAAACGUUUGAGCAAGCACUUUUGGUGAAAAGGGCUUUAUGGAAAAGUAUUAUGGUAUUUGCUCCUGUCCCGAUGAGACCCUUUCAAGUGAAAGGAGAUAGUUCUUUGUGGUAUCUUGCUUUAGUCACAAAAGGGUGUUCCUUGGAAACAUACAUAUCCAAAGGCAAACUCAAUCAACCAAAUACUUUAUUCAUAUCAGAUUAUUUUAAAACUGUGAUAAGGGAUAUAAUUACAUCUGCUUUGCUCCUCUUGGCAUCUCCAGUAAGGUGUCGUUUUGAGCUUGAUUCUAUUUUCAUAGAGGAGGAGAGAUUUCCGUUGUCCUAUGGUGUUUGUACCAUUGAAUUGGUGCCCAAGUUCGUGAGAUUUGAUGUACAAGGUGAGUAUCAAAUUGAUGACCUUCGGGUGCGCACAAAGUUGAAGACUCUUUUGCUGGAGAUCAUGAGUCGAUCUCGUAUUGGGGCUGGUCCAGAAGCAGAAUUUGACCUUUUCUUGAAGACUUUCACCGACGGUUGUAAAAAUAUGGAUUUAAAGCCUAAUAUGAAAGUAUAUACUACUAGACUUCCUACUGAAUGGUAUUACAAUGUGCUGUUUGCGUCGAAGGUUGAGCGCAUGGAAUUGAUUGAGCGCUUAUAUGAACUCUUCAAUGGAUCUGAAAAAUAUGUUGUUUAUUGUGAGGAGACUAAAGAUGCUUUUGGAAAGGAUUGGGAUAAGAAACUGUUAAGCCUAUAUUAUCGAUUAAUGACAGAUGAGAGCUGGAAGAGAGAUGGUUCGAACAAUUUUAUAAAGAAAAAAGACAUGUCCUUUUGGGGGGGUAAUGCGGGAGAUGUCGAGAUGAAGCGUUGCAUUGCUAGCAUAAGAGAAAUGUACCACAGUUUUGUGAACUUUGAAGAACGCCACGAGGAAACUGAAUUGAAAAGGGUUGACAUGCUUGUGGAGUUAGUGCAUGAAAUAUUCCCAUGUCACAUUGCCGCGUUAGCUCGAGGGGGAUCUAAAAUGAAGUGGCCUCUAGUUAUGGAUUUUGGAAGAUCUACAAUGCAUUGGCCCAUAUAUUGCGAACUGGUAGAGGGUUUGCGUAUAGAUCCCAGAUUGCAAAUUUAAUAUGAAAACUUGUGUUGAAUCAGCAAAGUUAUGAUUUGGCUCUCCUUUGUGGAUCCUUGAUGUAUUUUGUUAUUCUUCUGCUUCCUAGUUAUCUUAUGACUCAUUAGCCAUUGCAAACAAUAUUUGAACCAAGAUGUUUAUGUAUUUUGCUAUUCAUCUACAUAUGUUGUCUA